AUGCCUUCUGUUAAAUCCUUGAUUGGCCUCGCAGCCAUAUUCCCAAUCCUCACGUCCGCAAUUAGCACGUACAAUGCGACAUUUCAUACAUCACCUGGUUGCGGAGACUCCACGCCGUAUUCGAUGAACGGUUCGCGAUAUACCGACUGUGCAAAAAGUACAAUUCAAUCAGUGCUAUUGAAGAUGAGGCAAGCGAUGAAACCUGAUUUGCUCCCGUGGUUAGCUAACCGACUGUGUGCGCAGCCGAAUGGAUAUUGCCACUUCUUCCUCUUCAGUGAUACGGCUUGUGCCGUCGAGAUUACUACUGAGGAUAAUUUGGACGGCGUAUGCGAGAAUGUGUCGGGAAUUCAAUCUUUCCGCGCUGGCCAGGACAUUAUCUUCUACGUCACCAAAGACUACGCGAUCAGCUACUACACCAGCCGUGACCCCGACGAAGUUCAUGGGCAGCAGUACGACAGAUCCACUCUCAAGGUCUCCGGGAAUACCAUCAGGGUCAACAAAGCCCUGCCUAUUAUCGCGGCUGUUGCCUAUACCAACCCUAACCCUUGCGCCGCUGGUGGCCUUGGAGACGAUGAGAUUCGCGUUUACUAUGUUGAUGCCGACAGCUUCACUCUCAGGGAGCUCAAGCGUUCUGGCCCUCCCAGCCCCAACACCUGGCAGUACGGCCAGGAGUUCAUCGGCAAGAACCUCGACAUCUACCAGCACAGUGGCUUGACUGCCAACGUCGUCCCUGUCAACAAUAAGCACCAGCUGAAGGUCUACUACGAGAAGCGCGACGAACAGCUCAGCGUUGCUUACCGCGUCCUUGGCACCGAGGACUGGUCCAUCCGCAAUGACGUUACUAACUAG